AUUCUUCGGAAACAAGCUCGCGAAUGACAGCUCUGUACCGAACGCAGCUUAUCGCCACCCCCGGAGAGGUCAAUGCAUCUAAUCCGUCAGAAGCGCGUGAUUAGGACGUCACCUUGCGGCGGUCGAUGGCCAUCAGUACCGAAGCGCCAGAGAACAUUGUGUCAAAGUGUAUUCGGCAGCCGUCAUCGGGUCAGGCCCGACGAACGCGUAUUUUUGGGCUUCGUUAAUCGAGUUCUGUAUGCCCCAGCAGAUCGAUCGCGUGAAGCCCGGGAAGCGAGCGCGGCUCCGGAGGGGAACGGGCGUUUGACCUUGCAGCCCGCCGAAGGUAACUCGGCUCUCUCCGAAAAAAAAAAGCCCAACAUUUUUUUCGGCGGUAGGAUUUGUGCAGGCCGAAAAAGCGUAUACUGCGGAGCCGACACUAGGCAGCGCGGUGGGGGGAACGGCGAGUUAAGUGCGAGUGCGUCAUCUCGGGAAAGAAUAGGCAGCGGAUGGAACAAAUAAAUACAAAACAAAAACCAAAGAACAGGUCUGGAAAGCAUGACGCGUUUGCUCGCUCGCUCGCUCGCGCGGUGACUUUCAAGCUCGCGCCAACUACGUGGAAGAGGUAGCGCCGGCUCGGUUCGAACGUUCAGCGGACCCGCCGUGAGGGUAGCUAAAACCCUGGAAGGCGAUUCGAAGCUCGACGGAUGCCGGAAGGGAGAAAACCGACCCCGCGCAGAAGAAGCGUUCUUCGGCGGCAGCGAACCGCCAAGCCCAGAGCCAAGCCUGCCAAGCCGCGCUGGCCGCGCGCCAUUCGGAAACUAGCGCCCUCUCGGGCGAGAACGGCGAAGCAGCCAUUGUGAUAUCGCCAAAAGGCGGUAAGUGUAUCACCGCGUACAUUGUUUGCGAGGGCCGCUCGGCUUUUUCUUUAUUUUGUGGUCGGGUCGAGUCGCGGACUCGUCGCCGCGUGCACCCCGGAUGACCAUGGGCCCGCAUUUCGACACCGCGUUCAAGCUGAAAGUGGUCUCCUACUACAACCAAGUCCGCAACAAAUACCGAGCGGGCCAAAUGUUCGGCGUGAGCGAGUGUUCGGUUCGCCAAUGGAUUAAGAAAGAGCCGCAGCUUCGCGCCACGGGACCUUCGCCCAAGCGACUUGUCGGCGGCGUCCGGCAAGGCGCCGGUGCCCUUUCGCUGCUCGAGAACGGCCUCAAAAGGUUCGUGGAGCGCUGUCACCGACGCGGCGCCCGAGCCAGGUACCCCGACCUGGUGGCGUACGCGACGCAGCUCAAGAAGGUGCUCAAGGUGCGUGGCGUCCAGAUCUCUCUCGACUGGGUCUGCGAUUUCGUUCGGCGGGAGCGACUCGUCACCAGAUGCCAGAAACUGAAAAGCGCGCCCGACCACUCGACGCCCAAAAAGAAAAAAGCGGCUGUGAAGGCUGCGGCGCAAAAGAAGGGGACGCCGCCGCCGCCGCGAGGAGGGGUGAAAGGGUUGUCGCGGGCGCAGAACUCGGUCAAAUCGGCGGCCGCCAAGUUUCUCGAAAGGGCCAAAAAGCUACAGGCUAAGAAGAAAACGUCAGCGGCCGAAGCCAAGGUCGCACAGAAAAGGAAGGUCGCGGUAAAAGUGAAGGGCAAGGUCUCGAAAAAGCUGGAUCGGAAACCAGGAAAUGGAGCUCCGAGGACAUCGCCGCCGCAGCAACGCUCACGGGAUUCGUCGGGUCCCAAGAAAGGAGCGGCCGCCAAAAAGGCGCCGACUGUCAAGAGGGCCCAACCUACCAAGCAAACACCCACCACCAAGAAAACAGCAGCCACCAAAAUGACCGCUAAAAAGGCACUGACCACCACUAAAAAGGCAAUGACCACCACUAAAAAGGCACUGGCCACUAAGAAGGUGCUGGUGGCUAAGAAGGCACUGACCACUAAAAAAGUGCUCACUGCUAAAAAGACGCUGACCACUAAAAAAGUGCUCACUCCUAAAAAGACGCCGACCACUAAAAAGGUGCUGGCUGCUAAGAAAACACUGACAACUAAAAAGGUGCUGGCUGCUAAAAAGGCACUGGCCACUAAAAAGGUAUUGGCUGCCAAAAAGGUUCUGGUUACAAAGAAGGCACCCAAAAUAUCAGUGAAAUCUACAAAGCAUAUGUUGGGAUCUACUAAAAAAGUGGCACAUGUGGGAAGGCAGACACCCAAGCAAUCUCCAAAACUGGUCAGCAAGCCCAGUCACAAGCCGAAAAGUGACACUUUGAAAAGUGUGGCAAAGAAAGACAAGCACGACACUAAGAAACGGUCGAAGUCGAUCAAAGCCCCGCAGCAUUUGCUGAAAGCCGUGAACAGGACACAAAAACAGGUGAAACAAAUAGUAAACCGUGCCAAAAAGUCUGUACACGAGACGAAAGCCAAAGUUGCUAUCGGCAGGAUGAGGGGCAAGCCACCGCUGAAGCGCCUGAAGCCUAGGAAAUCCCCCACAAAGGUGUUCCGCACUCGGUACAGGAUCAAGGAAAUGCACCGCAGAAUCGAGGAGAACAGGGCGUCAGACUUCUUUGACUUCUUCUAUGGACUAGGCCUGAUUCCGGUCAACAGGAGUCGUGAUGACUCUCUCUGCAUCCCCCUGAUGUCCGGAACACCAAGAUACUAUGACAACCCUGGCUUCGUGUGUGACAUUAGCAGCUCUCCCGUGAAACCCAGUGCGACAAUUAGCAGCGUGAACCUUCCUUACAAGCCCUCAACAGACAUCAGAUACCCUAUCUCAGCACCCAUGUCUAAGAGUGCUGAUCUGCAAGGCUCCACCAGUCCAUCCAGGGGUACCAGAUCACGCAAGCAUGAGAACCACAUUAUUAGAGACUACUCCCCGUACGACAAGUUCUGCCGAUCUACACUAACAGAGGACAAGCCUGGAAACUUCUUCGAGAAGCUCCACCAUGCAAGCCUCCAAUCUGAGAAAGCUCUAUCGCCAGGAGAGUCUCCCAUCACUCCCGAGCAGCUGGCCGUCGUCAAAAAGCUGUUCCCACCUUUCGGACAUCUCAAAUUUCCAAACCACUGCAGUGCCACGAGGCUUCUGAAAAGCCCUACUGCCACACACACCAAGUCCUUGCUGCCAAAGAUGGAUGCCGGCCGGCCAACGCUGAGGCCACGAACCUCGGAACAAAUCGAGAGGCUUAGCAGGUGCGUCAAGAACCGCCUUUACAGGAAACGAAAGCGCAAUCUCUCCGAGCCUUCGGAGAGCACGAGUAGUGCCGGUCCUUUUGCGAGUGAUAUUGACUGGCUGAGUGCCGACGGUUUCUCAAGUCCUGCCAAGAUGUGCCCGAGCCCCCUCUACCACAUCCAGGACGCUGGGCCUUGCUUCAGGAAAGAACACUUCGAGGAGAGUGUCGACAUUGGACAAGACCUGCCGUCUGCUGUCAACCACCACCAGAGCAAAGCAUCGCGGACACUGACGUCUGCUCUGGAUGCUUGCUGUGGCAGUACUGGUGGAACAGUUGCACGGGAUGAGUCCAGGCAGAACGUGAACACUAGAAGGUCCUGCUUCGUUCUGCCCGAAGUCACCAAAGUGUCGGCCAGGAGCCCAAAUAAGAGGGAGAAGGACAAAGCGGAUAACCCCUAGACUGUUGUGUGGGCCCUCGUGUGCUCCUGUUGUUACUACAGUGAAACCUGUGGUUUUACAACUGCUUGUUCUGUACAGUAUACCAAUUUUUAAAGAGUUGACAAUGGCUUAAUGCGGAUGCACAUCAUACAGUACGAGGCCAUCAGGAACAUUCACCAAGAUUUAUCCCAAGUGUGUUCCUCGUGGAAAAGAUACUAUCUGCCAAGACCUGUGUUUUUGAGGCCAAAGCAUAGCAUUCUGUUUGGAAGGAGUGAUCCAUUAUGCAAGCAUUGGUUUAACCUCUCUGAGAACUUGGUAGAGGUCAUGGCUUGUAUGAUCUGCAAUGUAGCCCAGGUGUUACGAGUUUUACUGCUUGAUUGUACUUUCAAAUUUCCAAUUCUACAAUGGAUUUGGGUUGGCUACUUGAGCUGCAAGGUGCUACACCCUUUAUAGCUCUCGGUUACCUUGCCAUGCUGUUUUGCCAUAGACAUGCCUUUAUUCACUUAACGAGAAAUGAUGUAUCUACUGUGUGUGCGGGUUUCUUGCCUUAUAAUUUAUGUUGUAUAUUUGCCAGCACGUGUUAAUUCAGAUUCAUUUUAUCUUUUACUAUUUUAUUUGGGAGAGUGUUCUUAUUGUACAUGAAGUGAGGAUCUUUGGAAUCUAAAGCGUCCAAAGAUGCCUAUACUCUGUUUCACCGUAAAAUAGACCGCAGCAGAUGCUACGAGCCAAUCAAAUACUGGGAGUUAGCCACAAGGCUUGAUAAUUAGGUGCAGUGAUGUAUGUUAUGUGAAGUCAAAGUACACUCUUGGCAUUAAUUGGCUCGUAGCAUCCACUGGGGUUCAUUUUGAGACAAAAUGGAGUGUCGUGAAAGUUUUCCUAUUUGAGGAAAUUUGUGCGUGUCUUUUUUUCUAAAUCUCUAGGAAAUGCUCCUUUCUACGCCUUAAUUCAUAAUAGUAUCUCGUUGAAGCACCUUGUUCCUGAUAUGCAUUUUACGGUGACAUGGCUCAGGUGUCUGAAAGUUUUUUGUGGAAAUCUGGGAUAUUUAAUCUCUUUUGGGAGUCGUUUUACUUAAGAAGUUGUUCAUGUAUGCGGUACUUGCUAUUUCAGAAAGCUCACCUCUUGCACACAUUAAAAAAAUUCUCAUCAAGGAUCUCCUAUGUACCUUCUUUUCGGUCAGACUAGAUCCUUCCCGAAACCAAUUUUUUAACUUUGCUGCUUGCCGUUUAAACCUUUCUAAAAGGUGCCAAGCUUGUUAACGAGGUGACCUUCAUAUGAAAGAAACGACCCACGACCUACAAUUGUUCUUGUUCGUAAAAGCAGCACAUUCAUUAAUGUGGCAUCUAUCAAAUGGAAAGCAAUUUGCUUUUGACAAAGUUUUAUUUCACUUGUAGUUUUAACAAGAUGUAGGAAGAAACAAAAUUUCCUAUGAAGUGUGUAGUGUAUUUUGACAAAAUAACUGAUAAAUGAGCACAAUCAGUAGCACUCUGACCAAAAGUCCAAACGCUUUUUAACACUCUUCGUGAGGUGAGAAGGGGUGUGGGGGGGGGGGGGGGGGGUUCUCCCGAAAGUAACAGGAAUUUUAACUUUGAAUCAUGACGCAAGCUUACAAUUUUCCGCGUUAGUAUGCCAAGCACCUUACCCCAGCUGGACAAAAUUAUUUGUUGGACUGCUUUCUGUCCACGCGUACGGCUCGUACGGGUAGACAACAAACUCGCAGACUGCUGCUUGUACGGCGGGAGCAACAUUCUGCGAUUUUAUUGCUGGCCACGAAGAGCAGAGUGCGUGUGAAAUAGUGUUUACUUUUGAAGGAAACAGCAGCCAUAAUGGUUCAUAUGCUUCGACGGGAUUUUAAGGGUGACGCUUUUAGGUGGUUUUCCCGUCUCAAGAAAGGCGAUAUGUCAGCUGAAGACCAGCCAGGUUCUAGGCGACCUUCGACAAGCAGGAAUGAUGCAAACAUCGAGAGUUCUUCAGGCAAUCGACGACGAUCGUCAAAAGACCAUCUAACGAGUUUCUAAAAACACGAGCUGGUCGUGGAGUUCAUGCCAGCGGAGUUUAACGAAUUACUUACAAAUAAAGCACCACGAUAACUUCCCUCGCUCGCCCCUCCCCCCUUUCCCCAUGCCGGUAACCGGACAAAAGCUCACCCGUUUUUUUUCACAGACCCCGGCAAAAGCUCACCUCAUUUCGUUUUGUUACACGGCAAAACAGACUGAAAAA